AUGUGGAACUACACGCCCUAUUACAGAGAAGUGGGCGUAUACGCUCUUCCUCCGACACGGGGUGUAAACCCCGCCCACUCACCUGUCCCGAAGAGCCCUUGGGGCCUGUCUUUGAUGUCAACUUCUAACAAAAGAGAAUAUUACGUUACAUCAGUGAAAUGGAUAGACAACGAGAGUCUCUCGAUCAAUUGGUUAGCAAGAUGGCAAAAUACUUCUAUAAUCAGCAUCUGCAGCGAGAAAAGUAACUGGUCUUGCAAAAAAAUAUUGCAAGUUGACAGUUCCGGUGAAGGAUGGGUGGAAACGAACGAAGCCCCUUUAUUUACUAGCGAUAAGAGGCACUACUUCCUUCGACAUCCAGUGGCAGACGGAGAAGCCGGAGAUUUCUGGCACGUGGCAAAAAUUAACGUAGAAAACGGAAGAAAGGAUUUUUUGACACACGGAAAAUUCGACGUCACUAGAAUAGCGGCGUAUGACGAAGAGAAUAACACUGUAUAUAUUGUCACCACAUUGCUAAAUAAACCGGGAGAGCGUCAUUUAGUACGUGUUAGAGAGGACGAAAGCGCAGGAUGGAAAGAAGAGUGCUUAACCUGCAAUCUAGACAAGCAAUGUUUGUAUAACGACGUCGAAUUCAGUCCUAAUGGUAAAUAUUAUAUAUUACAAUGUCUGGGCCCCGAUUUACCCAAGACGGAGAUCAGACAAACUUACGAUAAUUUUUUAGUUAAGGUUUUGGAUAGAAACGACAAUUUUAGGGAUAUUUUAAAGAAAAGGGCAUUUCCUCAAAUAAGAACCUUUCAAGUCCCGCUCAAGGAUGAUUAUAAUGCUAACGUCAGAAUGUUUUUGCCUCCGGGUCUACGUGAUGACGAAAUUAUUAAAUAUCCCCUGAUAAUAAAUAUAGACGGAAGUCCUGGAAGCCAGACCGUUUCCGAAAAAUUUCAACUGCAUUGGGGCAUUUACCUCGCUAGCAAAAAAAAUUUCCUCUACGUCUGGAUUGAUGGAAGAGGAAGCGGUUUCCAAGGAAACAAAAGAUUACACCAAGUAUACGGACAGCUCGGAAUUGUAGAAGUCGAAGAUUACAUAACCGUGACCAGGUACUUGAAAGAUCAUCUUCCUUUCGUUAACGGGGACAACAUCGUUAUUUGGGGUUGGGGCUACGGCGGUUACGCUAGCGCUCUGGCUCUUAUCAAAGAAGAAACUGUUUUCGACUGUGCCAUCUCCGUGGCACCCGUUACCAAUUGGGUUUAUCACGAUGCAUUCUACGCGGAAAGAUACAUGAAAAUGCCGAAAUCUCCCGGAAAUCUUAUUGGAUACGAAAAGACUGACAUUUCCAGAAAGGCGCAUCUGUUUAAAGGAAAAAAGUUCCUCUUAAUUCACGGCACGGCCGAUGAAUUCAUUCAUCUGCAACAUUCCAUGAUGUUAAUGAAAGCGUUAUCUAGGGAAGGAGUAACUUUCCGUUCGCAGUUGUAUCCAGAUGAAAACCACGAUUUGAAAAACGUUAGAAAGCAUUUCUAUUGGACUAUGGAAGAAUUUUUACAGCAGUGUUUUCAUAUCGACAGCAGCGUUAGCAGCAAAAGUAACAGGUAGUGAAGAGAUAAAAAAAAA